AAUUAGUUUUCUGUUUUUUAAAAAGAUUCCAGUAAUUAGAUUAAUAAUAAUUAUGUUUUUGUAAUUUAUACGUGAAAUUGUAAUAAUUAUACUGUAAAAUAUUAAACUGUAAAAUAUUACAAAAUUUAGAAUCUAACUGUAAAAAUUGUGUAAAAUAUCCAAAUGUAGUAUAAAUCUUUAAAACAUUUAGAAAUGGAAGAUAUCGGAGGCCUGAGUGAUUUAGUCAAGGAGGUGCUUGAGAUUUGUUUUUCAGGCACUUUGGCUGAGCUUAAAGAGAGUGUAAAUAAACUUUUGUUGGCGGAUUCUCCAGAGUUGAAGGACCAAAUAGAGAAAAGCAACAGUAAAAAACGGGACGAAGUGAUUUUGACUAGUUUGGAGCUCGCUGCACUGGAAUUUAUUCGAGAUUCCAAGAAACGUUGUGUAUCACAUAUCGCAGCGGCAGGUGGGAACUUGGAGGUUCUGAACACCCUCUUAACAGCUUCACCUAGCCUGGCUCACAUAGAAGAUGAUAACAAAGAAAACUCAUUAUUUUAUCUGAUUCGAUCAAUUAUUACUAAUAAAUUUGAUACUGAUCUGGUCAGUACUGAUAAGUUGGAUGACUCCUCUUCGUUGGAAGAGAAUAGAAUCAACUGUUUAUUACUGUUAAUAGGAUUAUGCGGUAUCAAUAAUAAGAAUAAAUUUGGUCUAAGCCCAUUACAUGUGGCUACAGAGCUUGGAAGCUAUGAGAUUUGUAAAAUAUUAAUAGAGAAUAAUGCUAAUGUAAAUAUAUGCAGUAAAUCUUUUAGCACGCCGUUAUCAAUAGCUGUGAUAAAGUCCCAUACAGACCUUAUUGACCUAUUACUGGAACACGGUGCCGAUCCAAAUGUUACAGAACCUGAUGACGAUGAUGAUGAUAGUUGUGAUUCCAAAAAAUCAAUUCCCCCUCCACUAGUUUAUUGUAGUAGUUCUGGAAACACUGAUCUAGUUAAUAAGUUGUUAGAAAAUGGAGCAAAUCCAAAUAUUUGUGAUUCUCAGGGCUGGACUUCACUACAUUGUGCAGCUGAAUCAGGCCACUUGAGUAUCUGUAAACUUCUAAUAGAACACGGCGCCGAUGCCAAUAUUGUUUCCAGAAACAAGAACGCUUAUAUUUUGGCGGUAAUGAACGGGCAUGACAACGUGGCAGAGUAUUUAAAGGAAUUCACAAAUGAAUCGGACACUUUUGAAUUCCUACAUAAGAGUAAAACUGAAAAUGAGGUGGACAAUAAUGAUGUUAAUUACCUAACCGACGAACUUGAAUGCUUAUACGUACGUGAUGAUUGUGAAGAUUUCACCCCUGAGGAAAUAGAACGGAUUAAAAGCGUGGUUAAUGAAACCAGGGAUUGUGGAAAACAGUUAGUGGAGCUUAAGGACUACACAAAUGCGACUAAUUGCUACAGUAAAGGGUUAUCGUUAUGUCCAUACAAUUCUGAGUUUGACGAGUUAAAAUCCAUUUUAUACUCUAACAGAAGCUUCACAAACCUGAAACUGAAGAACUUAAACCAAUCGCUAUGGGAUGCUAAACAGGCCGUAAAAUUAAAUCCUGGAUGGAGUAAAGCAUAUUUACGGCUAGCUAAUGUGUACAAGGAGAAGGGAGAAACUGUAGACUACCUGCACAAUUUAUUUCAGGCAUUUGUUCGUGAUUCCGAGAACUUAGAACUUAAAAGGCGCUUUCAGUCGGAGUUUAAUAAGCAUCGAAAGGGAUAA